CCCUGCCCGGCCACGAUGCUGCCCAUGGGCGGUCCCAGCCCUGGGAAGACCUGCGGGGCCGUGCUGGUCGCUGCCGUGCUCCUGCAGUCCGUCUGCGUGGCCGUCACCUUCCUCUACCUCACCAACGAGCUCAAACAGCUCCGGGACACUUACUCCAAGAGCAGCAUCGCUUGUCUCACUAGGGAGGAAAUGGGAAAUUUCAUCCAAAACUUGGAUCUAAUUGAAAGCGAAGACAGAGCGGCUGACCCCUGCUGGCAAGUAAAGUGGCACCUGGGAAAGGUAAUUAAAAGGAUGUUGAGAAGCUACGAGGAAAACAUAUCUGCAGUCAACGCUGACAGAGUGCUGACACUGUCACAGACCGGUGGGCAGCAGCCGCGUGGUCCCAUCAACAGGAUUGCGGCACAUCUGACGGGCAACAGCAACAGGAAGAAUUCCCUGUCCCCAUGCAUAGAUUCCUCACCCAGGAGAGGGAAUGGCAAAAAAAAAAAAACAACAAAAAACUGGGAACCGUCAAGAAAAGGCCACUCUUUCCUUUACAAUGUGGAACAGAGAAAUGGCGAGUUAGUGAUACCCCAGACAGGCUUUUAUUACAUCUACUCACAAAUUUAUUUUCAUUUCCGUGAAAACGAGAACGAGGAUUCAGAUUUGUUAGCACAAGUCAGGAACCCCAAACAGCUUGUUCAAUAUGUUUGCAAACUGACUAAUUACCCAGAGCCCAUUUUGCUCAUGAAAAGUGCAAGAACAAGCUGCUGGUCUAAAAAGGCAGAAUAUGGACUUUACUCCAUCUACCAAGGCAGCGUGAUUCAGCUGAAAAGAGAGGACAGGAUUUUCGUCUCCAUCAGUAAUGGUGACAUAGUUGACAUGGACAAAGAAGCAAGUUUUUUUGGAGCCUUUAUGAUUGCUUAAAAGAUUAAAAUCGUGCUCCAAAGAAGCCAUGAUCAGGGUCAGUUGUUGAAAGAGCUGAUUAAAGUGGAGUGAAAAUGCAUUGUCUAGGAAUAGAAAAGCAUUUUCAAAGGGGGGAAAUGUUAUAGUUGUAACUAAGUUUUGUAAACUGUAUCCAAGAUUCUUACCUUAUCUUGAGGCUUUGCAGGUUGUAUACAAAAAGAGAACUGAAAGUUAGUCCUCAGUUAGUCCUUAUCUUAUCUUGAAAGGAUAAGAUGUGCUGAGAAUGCACAUCUAAGAAAUCCAAGAAUUUUACAUGAUUUCACAAUGAACAUAGGAAUAGUGCGCAUGCGCGGUGGCAAAAGGUGAAAAGUACACAGGCGAAGAAGACUCCUUACUUCAUCCUGAAGACCCCCUGAACGACCACCAGAGGACACUGCGCAUGCUUAGAGUAGUUCCAAGGUGUUGCAACUAAUAUUGUGAAAUAGUUGUGUAAUCUGAUGAAUAUGCAAUACAUACGUUGUAACCCUAAUGAAUAUGUAUGUAACCAAAUUGUAUAAAUGUAGUGGAGUUCGAAUCAGUGGUGGAAGCCAGCUUUGGGUGCGAACCCCUGGUUUCCCAGCGCUGAAAUAAAAGCACCGCAUAUAACUACGUCCGUGGUUAUGUGUCUCGUUUGCUAACACCCUGACUCAACAGAUGAGAUCAGGUGUGAGUUAACUCCAGGUAAUUCUGUUAUAGUUGAAUUGAAUUUUGUGGGCUGUGUUUUGAUUCUGUAGACCGUAUCCAAGAUUCUUAGCUUUGAUACUGUAUCCAGGUUCAGAAUGUGCAUUCAAGCAUGAUUUUAUAUAAUUAUACCCUAUUCUUGAAAUUGACAUAGAUUUAUGACAUAUUCUUUAGAACAGGUAACUUAAAACAUACCCUAUUCUUAAGAUUGAUAUAGAUUUAUGACAUAUUCUUUAAAACAGGUAACUUAGAAAUAACUGAUAAACAUGCGAAAGUUACUUAGCAUUGCUUAGAUAGAUAAUUUGUGUUAGAAUAGGUGUGGAAUAUGCUAAUGGUUGUCAAGAAUUGUAAUGCAUAUGUAUGUGAUCAAAUUGUAUAAAUAUGGUGUAAACUGAAUCAGUGGCUGAAGCCAGCUUUGGGUGCGAACCCCUGGUUUCCCAGCGCUGAAAUAAAGCACCGCAUAUAACUGCA